AUGCCUAUUACAUAUAACCGCGGUAAUGUAAGGAAGAUCGCUUUUCGAACCAGAGGAAGAUCAGCACAAUCUCUUGAUGCUGGUGGACCUCGUGUCGACCCAGGUGGCGGUGGAGACGGCCGCUUAUUUCUUCAAAUUAGACCGGCGCUUCCAGACCCACGAGCAGCAUUAGCUCAGAGAUCUCACACAACACUGUCUGGAAAUGAUUUCUUGCAAAAGGAAGAUAGCAAAGAUGAAAUCAUUAAUUUGCAGGCUGUGGGUGAAGGAAAAGUUCAACUUUCUAGAACACCACAAGAAAAAGAUCGGUUACCCGACAGGAUUAGUCUUGACAGGAUAAAAAGGAUCGAAGGCCUUAACAAUCUGAUAAAAUUAGAAGUUCUAGAUUUACACGGAAAUAGAAUAGGAAAAGUUUGCGGUUUAUCUAACUUAAGUGAACUGAAAGUGCUCAAUUUAGCUGGUAAUCAGAUCAAAUGUAUCGGACAAACCGAUCUCCAAGGUCUUGUGUCACUAAGAGAACUGAAUUUGAAACGAAAUCGUUUGCGAAAGCUUCUAGGAUUUCAAAACACACCAAAAUUACAAAAACUGUAUCUUGGUAACAACGAUUUACAAAGUGUAGAGGAUAUGUCGUCACUUUCUGAGGCAGUUUCUCUAAUCGAUGUUUCAUUGGAUGGGAAUCCUGUGGCUUUGGGUGGAGAUUGUGUACCAUUCCUUGUCUCAUACCUUCCUAAUUUACUUACUUUGAGCAACAUGCACGUUACUGAACAGGUACGAAGAGCUGCGAUGGCUUGGAGAAAUAAUAAAGAGGCAGCACAUGCAGCUUACUGCGCCCUGGGUGGAGCCGCGCAACAAGAAGCUAGAAGAGAUCAAAUCAUUAAUAACGCACGUACUAAUUGGGAAUUACUGAGAUCCGAAAAUAAAUGUUUCAUACCUUCAACGAGUCCAACCAAAAAUGUAGACAUUGAUAAAGAAUUCUCUAUAGAUGCGACUGCAGUAGUAACACCACCUAGUGGACCUGAAAUAUUGGCUGAAGGGGGUGCACUUCCAGAUGUCGUUGUGUCUUUACAACAAGCUGACACUGAAGAUUCCGACUGCAAAAACACCAGUAGUGAUGCCAAUGUUAAGGCAAGUACUGAUAUUGCUCCUAAAGCAUCGCCAAUGAGAAAGUUACAAAGAAGUUCAACAGCUAAGAAACCAUCUGAAAGAAGGGUUAACUUCUCAGAUAGAAGCGCUUCCCAAGACACGGACGCUUCCCACUCUACAUCUACUAGUAGUGAUUUGAGACUACCUCCUAUACUUUUGCCAAUUAUAUCUUCUUUGGAAAACGUUAAACUCGCAGACAGUUCUGAACCAAUAUUAAAACGUUGGGAAAGUAUUUCAAGUGUUGAGCCAGUUGUUGAUUCUUCAUUCAGUUCACUGCCUACAUCAAGUAGCGACAGUGAAGAAGAUACGAAAAAAAGACCAAUUCGUCGCAUGGCAACAGCUUUAAGACGACGAGAAAACUUCAGCACAAUGCGGUCAAAAUCUGUCUGUGAUCCCGAAAGUCGUAGGUCCAAAUCAAAAAAUUCAGAUAUCAGUGAAAAUGCGAGCAAUAUAUCAAGUAGCACGAAUGUUGGUUCCGUCGCCAAUUCAUCGACUUCAGGAAGUGAUCAUAACAGUAAAGUAUUGCGAAGAGAAGGAUCUCUCAACAGUAGAACAAGUAGAAACAUAAGAAGCGCAACAAUAUCACGUAGAAAUGAAAGAGCAUCAUCAGCAAACAGGGCAUCUACGGCUAGAGCAAAGUCAGUGAAAAACUUAAAUUUAGCCAACUUCAAAUCCUCAGAACCGGUACCGAAGUCAUUGCCAGCGUCCAAAGACAGAGAACAAGGAGUCGAUUACUUAGUAGAAGUUUGUGACGGAGUGGUGAGUGCAUGGGGUGCUGGCGCUGUACGGCGCUUGGCUCGUGAUUGGGAUUGGGAACGUGCACGUACCGUCACUCGUGCUGCCUACCACUACGUGCAUUACAAUGCGGUGGCGCAAUCACUGCCAGAGUUAAAGUCAAAGUUCCCAAAUGUUAGCCACAUCUCAGUUCGUGCGACAGGGCUGCAAUGGCUCGGCCAACUACAUGCUUUAGCAGAACUUCGAGGUGUUACUGGGCUUACAGUAUUACCGGAAGGAAACCCAAUUUAUACAAAAAUAUGGAGAGAGUACGCAAUUUAUAGACUGGCUCAUUGGGGACUAAAAGAGAUUAAUGAUGAACCCGUUACCGACGAAGAAAUAAAGACCGCGAAUAGAACAUACGCAGGUCUCAGUGACAUAGUCCUCAGGGCUAUUCCUGACGCUCCUUUACAACCGUUGCUAUCGAGGCUAGGGCGAAGUGGCAACAGCGCAGUAAGUGCCAAAGCUUGGCUAAGAGCAGCUGAUCCUGCACUGAGAGACGUAAUUGCGAAAGAAGCCUUGCAGUACAAAAAAGGAAAUGUCUCGCAGGAGGAUAUGAGCUGGCGGGUUCGGGGACGUGGACAACUAUCUCACGCAAUUGAUUUAGCUUGCGGUGCUGCGCAAAGGCUGAGAGCUCUGGAAGUACAAUGGCCGACAAUAUUAGUUGAAAUGAUUGAAGACAUUCUGAGAGACUUUGCUAACAUGGAAACACACGUAAAAGAACAAAUGAAAAUGUUAAUGGACACCAUGUGA